AUGCUUCUCCCCGUUGUCGCAUUCGAGGAUACGAUGAGCACGUUCAUUCAGAAGGGCCAGUUUACGUCUGUGGCAAGGGACAUUGAGGCAUGCCAGGUCGACGAAUCUGUGGUGCUUACGGAGCUGAUCAUCUCCAACCAAAUAUGCAAAUAUCUGCUGGCGCGGCAGCCACUUUUGAUCAUUCUCGCGGAAGCUUAUUUCAACGCUUCCCGCUCCUUGAAGGCGGUGCUAUAUGCGAACAGCAAGCUAGACACUAUUGAAAAGGGAUGGCCACUUUUGCAAGUUGACGAACUAGAGGGACUCCUCGAUCGAGUGAAACGGGCGCCGAUGUCAUAUGCGGCAGAGGAGGGACACGAGGGCGUUGUACGACUGCUCGUCGAGAAGGGCGCAGAUAUCGAGGCGAGAGAUACGUCUGGCCGAACGGCGCUAUCGUGGGCCGCCGAGAAAGGGCACGAGAACAUCGUCAGAUUACUACUCGAGAAGGGCGUAGAUAUCGAGGCGAGAGAUAUUCUUGAUCGAACGCCACUAUUGUGGGCCAUCAAGGAGCGGCACGAGAAUAUCGUCAAAUUGCUACUCGAGAAGGGCGCGGAGUUAGAGGCGAGAAAUUUCCCAGGCCGAAAUCCGCUCUCAUUGGCCGCCGAGAAGGGGUACGAGAAUAUCGUCAAAUUGCUGCUCGAGAAGGGCGCAGAUAUCGAGGCGAGAGAUAUUCUUGAUCGAACGCUGCUAUUGUGGGCCGUCGAGGAGCAGCACGAGAAUAUCGUCAAAUUGCUACUCGAGAAAGGCGCAGAUAUCGAGGCGAGAGAUAUUUCUGAUCGAACGCCGCUAUCGUGGGCCGCCGAGAAGGGGCACGAGGGCAUUUUUAAGCUGCUACUCGAGAAGGACGCGGAUAAUAAGGCAAAAGACAAUGAAGAAGUCCGGACGUCGCGUGGAAAUGUCAAAGAUUCCUUGUUGUCACCGUUGUAUAUUACCUCGCCAACGCAAUCCUCUACGUCCCUAGAAGAUCGCAGCGCUGCAGGGUCCGGGGACAGAAUUAUUCCUUUCGGCAGCAAGUAUCGCAGGUCCACCACCCGAAAUGUUUCCAGGCGGCCGACUACUUCUAGUGAGAAGUCGCCCGCCAGUGCGUUCCUGUCUAUGUGGUCAAGCAACGAGCCGGUUGCGUCUCCGGACGACGAAGGCCAAAUGGUGGGCAAAGACUACGUGCUUGGGCCGCAAAUUGCCUGCGGAGGAUUGAGUGUGGUCAAGAAAGCCAAUAAAGUCGAAGAAGACGGUACGACGAAGCGACUUGCCGUCAAGAUUUUCAGGAAGAAUAUCACUGGUCGCAGCGAGAGGGAGAACGAAGAAGUCCAGGCAGAGCUUGACCAUGAGAUUCAAGUUUGGCGAUACCUUGAUCAUCCUCACGUCCUGACCCUUGACGCCGUGUAUGAGACAGACUUUGCAACCUUCUGUUUCAUGAAGCUCGCUAACAGUGGCACACUAUUCGACCUGGUUCUCCGGAAUCGCCAGGGUCUUGAUAUUACGCUCGCGAAGCAAUAUUCUUACCAACUUGCCUGCGCAAUCCGCUACCUACAUGAAUAUGCGCGGGUUGUUCACCGCGACAUUAAGUUAGAAAACUGUCUCCUUGACCUUACUGAUACUAAUAGCACAACAUCGUCAACCCUUGUACUCUGCGACUUUGGAAUGGCGGAAUGGCUAGCUAGUAACGACGGCGGCGAAUCUUCGGACCCUUAUAACGAGGUUGUUGGCCGCUCUCCGCCUAAGCAAAUAGGUCUUACCAACACCAGCACUGCCAGCGUGGCGGGUAGCUUGGAGUAUGCCUCUCCAGAGCUACUUGAGUCACUCAACGGAGUCAUUCAUCCUUCGGUCGAUAUCUGGGCCUUUGGCGUGGUUGUCUACACUAUGAUUGUUGGAUCACGGCCAUUCCAAAACUCCUUCGCCCCUCGCAUCAGGUCCAACAUUCUAAGUGGCAGAUGGAAUCGCGAGGCUAUGCUCAGCGGGAUCAAAGACGAAAUGCUACGCAAAGACCGACAGGACGCCCUUGACUUGGUCAUUGGUUGUCUUGAAAUAGAAGUCAACAAGCGAUGGACCAUUCGCGACAUUCUAGCGAGCCCUUGGCUGCGAGAGGCCGCUAAGUCUGCCGGAGGAAGCUCGCCAGAAUCACCCCGGAAAUCCACGCACAGUCGCGAGUUGUAA